AUGAACUCAUCUUGGCAUGCAUUUGCAAAACAAAUCUCUUACUCUGACCAUUGUUCUUCAACUGUUCCUGAAACCACUCUUCACGUGUAUAACCUAGCCUCCACGCCAUUCUCUGAAUACCAAGCUGGUUACUACACUGGUGGCGGGAACAUUCCAGGACUUUCCUCUUCUUCAAAAUCCAAUUCCUUCUCGUUCUAUGUUUGUGACGUCUACAAGACCAAUCACGAUGGGGUGCUCAAGGUCGAAGCAAACUUGAGAUUUGGAAUCUCAGGUUAUGACUACUACUAUGGAGGAGACUACAGGUAUGGUCAAGCAUGCUUAGAAGCCACUCCUGUAAAGCCAGCCUAUGUUCCGCGCCACCGGGCUAAGAGUCCCAUCACCUUUCGAUUAGAAGGUUUCUGGUCAGAAUCUUCGGAGAAGCUUUGUAUGGUUGGUUCCUCUCUCUCGAACCAAGGUGACUCUCUCAAUCUUGAUGUUGUGCUUAAGCUCAAUAAUGUAAGCAAUUCUACUAAAAUCACUAGCUUAUUUACUGGCAUUUUGGAGAGUCUGAGUACUCCAGAUGACAAGAAUUAUUUCGAUGCCAUAUCGAUAUUGAUGUUUCCUAAGAGAAAUUACAAGUACAGUUUGGUAUUUGGGGAACUCAGUAAUGGGAAGAGCAAUCUUCCGCUGGGUAUAGCACCCACAAAUGGAAGCUUUUGUUCGGUUUUUCGAAACCUAGGUAGCGCACUCUAUCUUAAUUACACACCUGAUUGUAGUCCUGUCAAAAUCUGCACACCCAUCUCGGGCCCUUCAGGAUAUUUGCCCCCUGUCAUGUCCCUCAAUGGAAUCGGUUGUUCUGAAGGUGAACGGAAGAUGCGAGUGUUGCUGCGUUUUUCAAAUGACAGCGACUUUUGGUACUAUGGAAAGUUCGAUCCGAACUCAACAUUGGUUGGAGAGGCGAUGUGGGACGAGACUAAGAACCGACUGCAGAUCAAAGCCUGUCAAAUCAACUUGGCAGGAUCUUUCUCAACUGCUCGUGUUGAGGAUUGUUCGGUCCACAUUGAGUUGAUGUUCCCAGCAGUGUGGUCAAUCAGGGAAAGAGAUGGCAUUUUGGGUCACUUAUGGAGCGAGAAGAGCCAGAAGGGAUUGAGUUAUUUCCCAGACAUCACGCUCCAAGGCACUGGAAGUAGUUUUUGGGAGUUUCCAGACUUGAAGUAUAAUUAUACUGAAAUCGAAAGAGUAAGGAAGCUGUGCCCAGUAAAGACUGAUCUGAAAAGUGGGAGAGAAAGAUAUCCGAAUUGGUACUCUCAAGAUAUGAGGUUCAGCAUGUUGGUUAAGAAUUCUGAAGGAAAAAUAGGCAGUGGAUAUUCUUACCCUCUCUUUGGUGACAACCAUAUGUAUGACCAAUAUGGUUAUAGCAUGUCGGUUUCCAGGACUGAGAAUUUCGCUAUCGACACUUCCUCAACCUCAAGCAGCAAUGCCCGGUUCAACAUCUCAUAUCAUAUUGACUUCACAGGACCGCGACAUGUGAAGGGCAAGAGCAAAAAUGCCCUUUAUAAUCAAUCCUGGAGCUCAAAUGAUAAAGUGGAGAUUUCUGCAGAAGGGGUUUACGAUGCUGAAACUGGUGACCUGUGUAUGGUGGGAUGUAAAAGUGUCAUCUCAACCGGGAAGAAGAGAGCCAACACAUCUCCGGACUGUGAAAUCGUAAUUAGAUUGCAGUUUCCUCCCUUAUCGAAGAGAAGGCAGGAUCACAUCGUGGGAACCAUCGAGAGCACAAGGAAGUCGUCCGAUCCGCUUCAUUUUGAGAGGCUGAACGUGACUUCUGAUUCUCUUUAUUUGGAGGAAGUGAGGCGGUCCAUUUUCGGUAUGGACAUCGAGCUCUCACUCGUCCUUGCUUCUAAUACAUUCUUGUGCAUCUUCAUUGGCCUCCAGAUCCUUCACGUGAAACGGCACCCCGAGGUGCUUCCCUUCAUCUCUAUCGCCAUGCUGGUGAUUCUCACUCUGGGCCAUGCGAUCCCUCUCGUGCUCAAUUUCGAAGCCUUGUUCCUGAAUGAUAAGAACGGGCAACACAUUUCUCUCGGAAGUGGUCAAUGGCUCGAAAUGAACGAGGUGUUGGUGAGGGUAGCCACGAUGAUUGCUUUCUUGAUGCAAUUCCGUCUUCUCCAGCUGAGUUGGGCCGCAAGAAAGAAGGAUGGGGUUGGGGCUGUCUUGUGGUUCCAGGAAAAGAAGGCUCUGAUCGUCUCUUUGCUAUUAUAUGGCAUCGGCGCACUGGCGGCUAUCAUCUUUAGCUGGAGAAGCCAUUCUAAUGACACGGACGGCCAGAGCUUCUCCAUUUUGGGAGGUUUGAAAUGUUAUGCAGGACUCAUCUUGGAUGGUUUUCUCUUGCCUCAGAUUCUGCUCAAUGUCUUCAGGAACUCAUCUGAGAGGGCCCUCUCAGGUUUUUUCUAUCUCGGAAUGACCUUGGUUCGGCUGUUGCCGCAUGGUUACGAUCUCUACAGGACUCGAACUUACUCGCCACAAUUCUACCGGUCCUACAUUUACGGAACUCCAGAUAGAGACUUCUAUUCGACUGCUUGGGAUGUGGUCAUUCCUUUAGGAGGACUCGUUUUCGCAGCGGUCAUCUUCUUGCAACAGCAGUUUUGCGGCGCUUGUAUCUUGCCCAAGAGGUUCCGGAACUCGGUAGCUUAUCAGAAGGUACCAGCCGUGGUCGAUGAUGCGCCGGCAUGA